UCUGGGCAAAGCCACAAUACGUAUGUGUAAAAGCGUGUAUGUGCACGCGCGUGUGUGUAUGCACACUCACCCAUUUCAGGACGUGGCCUAAACCUCAAAUGCACUGCAGGUUGAAUGGAGAUUACCCAGCACACCGUACAUCCUGAUCACCUUCGCCAGUGUUCUCACCCAUCCCUAUCCUCUGUAUGAGCAGAGAUGAUCCGUAUUCACAACCCUAACCACAUGCCCUUUUUGCGUCACACUGAAGCAUUUCUGCGGACGGGCACCCUCUGUGACACUGUCCUCAUAGCGGACAGUCAUGUGUUCAAAGCGCAUGCUUUGGUGCUAGCCUGGGCAAGCAAGAGCCUUGAACGGCAGCUCACCAGGCAGAGUCCAGGUAUGGGCUAUCGGUGCACCAUCGACAGUGUUCCCCCCAACACUCUUAAGCAAAUCCUGGACUAUGUGUACAGUGAGUGGGUAGAGGUUCCAAAGGAGGACCUUCUGGAGCUGCUGAGGGGAGCUCAACACCUGGAAGUCCACGCACUUGUGGAGCAGUGUCAGGUGCAGAUAGACAGCCUACAGAGGAUUAAAGAUGCAGGCAGGGGGUCUACACCAGAUGUGGACGUAGGCCAUUGUGAUUCAACAUCAUGCAAGAAAAUCCCCUCUUCUGAUGAGGCAUCUCUCAGUUCCUCUUUAGAUUCUUCUCCUGUGAUCCACUGUGACCACGCAAGGGCCCGGUGCACCUUCACUCCGUCGCCCCCUCUACAGAAGCCCCGCUUGUCUAUGGCUGCAUCGUCACCCACAACUUUCACAUAUGCCACAACCUCCACCACGGCCCGCUUGGCCAGUUCUCCAUCCACGGCGUCCGUUCUCCGCUGGCCCCCGCUGAACCCCUCCCAUCAGAUGGUGCUUAGCUACAGCGACCUCAUGGCGAUGCGUGCCCUGACGGCCUCCCAACACAUGAUGGCCUGUUCUUACCCCACACCCAUGUACCCAUUCUUUCACCGCCCCUUCCAGCCACAGACGUCCAGCUCUCUGUCGAGAUACUCAGGGCUUCUUCAACCAUACCAGCAUCUCCUUGGACCUGGGCCUCUCACUUUAGCUAGUCCACUCGUGCCAGGCCUCAAAGGGAAGAGUGACUCCAUCAAUGCAGCACUAGAAGGAACAGUAUCACAAACCAGGGAGAGGAAGCCAAAGAUUCAGUCAGACAGGGAAAUUAUUUGCAGACAUUGCAGCAAGCCAGCUGUAGAAAUCUCCUGGAGACAAACACCCAGGUCCACAUCUUCAGGAAAGAUAGGUUCCGAGGAGGUACAUGCUGGAUGCAAAUUCUGUAGGAAAGAUUUGAGGGUGAAGCAAUCUCAGCGAACGCUGAGAAGGGACCUCAGAGGAGAGAAGCCCUAUCAGUGUAAACAUUGCAGCAAGAGAUUCAGUCUGAAACACCAGCUGGACACACAUCUCCGAGUACAUACAGGGGAGAAGCCAUUUGAGUGUCGGCUGUGUGGUCAGCGGUCACGCGACUACUCUGCUAUGAUUAAGCAUCUACGUACGCACGGUGGGGCCACACCGUACCAGUGCACCCUGUGUUUGGAGUUCUGUAGCAGCCUGGCCACUAUGCAGAAGCACCUGAAGGGUCACCCCAGUCAGGACUUUCCACCCAGCUGGAGUCUGAGCAGCACCUACCUCUACACCUGCCACACAUGAGAGCCAGCUCUGCUGUCUUUACUGUUGAAAAGGAAAAUGAGGCAGUUAAUAUGCUUCCUAAUAUUAUAUUGCAGUGAACAAAAAUAAUAAUAAUAACAACAUUGCCUAAUAGCAUAAUAUGAUUAUUAUGCCAUCCUACACACCACCACACAUGCAGUACCCUUUAAUUAUGUACGAACCAUUUAUUUGAACAUUCUUUAUAAUGUUAUGACCGUUUUUAUAGAUUUUGUGUCCUUUAUCAGGUUGCUAAUUAUAAACCUACUAGAAUUAGAUUUUUUUAUUUUUCAGUGUGAACUAUAAGCUGAUAUUUCCUUUUAAAACAUCUCAGCCAUUUGUAAUGCUGGGAGUUAAAUUAAAUAUUCAAAUCUGAGCAGGAAAGUACUGUUAAAAAUACUGUCUACACAGCAAAUCCAAUCACUGUUAUAUAUACAUUCACCACCCACCUAAUUAGAAACAUUUAUUUAAAAGAAACACCUUCAUGCAAUGCCUUGUGUUAGCCAUCCUACAACAAGAAAACUGUUGUCUGAAUAUAUGAAUGGCCUGAAUAUAUGAAUUUUCUGAAUAUACACCAGUGCAAGAGUCACCAGCAUGCCAUCAUCAUGACUGUGUCACUGCUCUGCUGAGAAUGGCUGGCCACCCAAAUAAUAUCAGGUCAGACGUGGUCCUGUGAUCAGGAGCGGGCCCUCGAUUAAACUGGGUUGAAAGGUAAACUGAUAAAUUGCGCAUAGCAACAAUUAACAGCAACUACAGUGUAUAAAACUGUACUGUGUACAGAUAAACUUCUUAUAAACAGAGCGUGUUUGUACUGUAUCUGGGGCAGUGGAUUAAAAUGUGUAAAAUGUUGGGCCUCAUCACUGCUGCUUUUGAAACUCUUCAUAUGCAUUUACACGGAGAGUCACAGAACCAUUAGUCAUUAGUUUAUAGCAAUAUAUCUUUCUGGAAUUUAUUUCAUUAAGCAAAUUGUUAUUGCUUUUUUUGUCUUAGAGUUUAUGCAUGAGCUAUUUUUGUGGCUUAUACAACUUUUUAAAUAAAGCAUUAUAAUUUCAACCACAAUAAUAAACAAGCAAAUAAGUAAA